GUCGUGCUCGUUGGGUAGAAGAGGGAUUGGUAAGGCGGCGGCGGCGGCAGCAGCGGCAGCAGCGGCAGCAGCAGAACAGCAGCAGUGGCGGCGACGGAGGCGAGGUGCUAGGUCCGUGCAGCAUCGGAACGCCCACCGCUUGUGGGAAGGAGUUCCUGUGGGACCAAGUUAGGCAUUCUGAGCCCGAACCGGCUGAGCUGGGCCGAACCAGGCGCUGCCGCUCGUACAGUUUUGGUGGCGGUGACAGACGCCGCUCCUGACUAGAGGGGCCUAUCAGGCCGAGAUCUGAAUCGCAGAUCGCCGGCUCUCGACAUAGCCUCGCCCACCCUGGUAUCUCCUGUCUUCCUUCCUGGGCCGGCGACUCCAGGACCCUGGGAAGAGGGCGGCUAAUGACUAAGGCCUUCCUUAUAGUUUCCCAUGUCUCAAUGGACUCCUGAAUAUAGCAAGCUCUAUACCUUAGAAGUGGAUAUGAAGAGUGAGAUUCCUUCUGAUGCACCAAAGACACAGGAGAGUCUGAAAGGGAUCCUCUUGCAUCCAGAGCCCAUUGGGGCAGCCAAAAGUUUUCCUGCAGGAGUUGAGAUGAUUAAUAGUAAAGUGGGGAAUGAAUUCUCUCAUUUAUGUGAUGAUUCUCAAAAACAAGAGAAGGACAUGAAUGGUAAUCAACAAGAGCAAGAAAAAAGUGUUGUGAGGAAAAAACGCAAAAGCCAGCAGGCUGGCCCUUCAUACAUGCAAAAUUGUGUUAAAGAGAACCAGGGAGUAUUAGGAUUGAGGCAACACCUAGAAGCACCAAGUGAUGAAGACAAUGAUUCCUCUUUUAGUGAUUGUCUUUCUUCUCCUUCAUCUAGUCUGCAUUUUGGAGAUUCUGAUACUGUGACUUCAGAUGAGGAUAAAGGACUCUCUGUAAGACAUUCCCAGUCAAUUUUGAAUGCUAAAAGUAGAACUCAUAGUUCAAGGUCCCAAAAGUGGCCUCCCACUGAGACAGAGUCUGUUUCAGGAUUGUUAAUGAAAAGACCCUGUUUUCAUAGCAGUUCAUUAAGGAGACUUCCAUGCAGAAAGAGAUUUGUAAAAAACAAUUCCUCACAGAGGACACAGAAACAGAAAGAGAGGAUAUUGAUGCAGAGGAAAAAACGAGAAGUGUUAGCCCGAAGAAAGUAUGCAUUGCUCCCCAGUUCUAGUAGUUCCAGUGAAAAUGACCUCAGCAGUGAAUCCUCUUCAAGCUCAUCAACUGAAGGAGAUGAUUUGUUUGUUUCUACCAGUGAAAACCACCAAAAUAAUGCAGCUGUCCCCUCAGGAAGUAUUGAUGAAGAUGUUGUGGUGAUAGAAGCUUCCUCCACUCCCCAAGUCGCUGCCAAUGAAGAAAUUAAUGUUACCUCAACUGAUAGUGAAGUGGAGAUUGUAACAGUUGGAGAAAGCUAUCGGUCUCGUUCAACCCUUGGACACUCCAGAUCUCAUUGGAGCCAAGGUUCAAGUUCUCAUUCAAGUCGACCACAGGAGCCACGGAACCGCAGUAGGAUUUCUACUGUGAUACAGCCCUUGAGGCAGAAUGCAGCAGAAGUUGUGGACCUUACUGUUGAUGAAGAUGAACCUACUGUAGUACCAACCACUUCUGCAAGAAUGGAAUCACAAACCACAAGCGCUUCCACUAACAAUUCCAAUCCAUCUACCUCUGAGCAGGCCUCUGAUACUGCUUCAGCUGUCACUAGUAGCCAAUCCUCCACAGUGUCAGAGACUUCAGCUACUCUUACAAGCAAUAGUAUGACUGGUACUUCUAUAGGAGGACAUCAAGAAAGUGAAAGACAACUUACAGAUGGGAGAAAACUUGAAAAUCAUACAUUUGAUGACUUGAGGAGAGCUGCAUCUAGUGCUGUAACAGAAAAUGGCCCUCCUGCAAUGCCAAGGUUACCUUCCUGCUGUCCCCAGCACUCGCCAUGUGGAGGGUCGUCACAGAAUCACCAUGCAUUAGGACAUCCACACACAAGUUGCUUUCAGCAGCAUGGCCACCAUUUUCAACAUCACCACCACCACCAUCAUACUCCCCACCCAGCUGUCCCAGUUUCUCCCUCCUAUAGUGAUCCUACAUGCCCUGUGGAAAGACCUCCACAAGUACAAGCACCUUGUGGAGCAAAUAGUAGUUCUGGUACCAGCUACCAUGACCAGCAGGCUUUGCCAGUGGACCUGAGCAGCAAUGCUAUCAGAAGUCAUGGAAGUGCUGGUUUUCAUGGAGCAUCUGCAUUUGACCCCUGCUGCCCUGUUUCUUCUUCCCGAGCUGCAAUCUUUGGCCAUCAGGCUGCUGCUGCUGUCCCGAGCCAGCCGUUAUCACUAGAUGGUUAUGGGUCAAGCAUGGUUGCACAGCCCCAGCCCCAGCCCCCUGUACAAGCCUCACUCUCAUCAUGUCGACAUUAUAUGCCACCUCCUUAUGCUUCUUUAACAAGACCACUUCAUCAUCAAGCCUCUGCCUGCCCCCACUCUCAUGGAAACCCUCCUCCUCAGACGCAGCCUCCACCUCAAGUGGAUUACGUUAUUCCUCAUCCUGUACAUGCUUUCCAUUCUCAGAUGUCUUCUCAUACAACAUCUCACCCAGUGGCACCCCCACCCCCAACUCACUUAGCCAGUGCAGCUGCACCAAUCCCUCAACAUCUUCCUCCCUCACACCAGCCGAUUUCACACCAUAUUCCAGCCACUGCACCUCCAGCACAGAGACUGCAUCCUCAUGAAGUAAUGCAGAGGAUGGAAGUUCAAAGGAGGAGGAUGAUGCAGCAUCCAACUGGUCUUUUUAUGUUCUGUGUUUCCAGGCGGGCACAUGAACGCCCCCCACCCCAUCCACAUAGGAUGCACCCAAACUAUGGUCAUGGGCAUCAUAUUCAUGUGCCUCAGACAAUGUCCUCACAUCCUCGACAGGCUCCAGAGAGAUCCGCCUGGGAACUGGGAAUUGAAGCUGGAGUGACUGCAACUACUUACACACCUGGAGCAUUGCAUCCUCACUUGGCCCAUUACCAUGCACCACCUCGACUUCAUCACUUACAAUUAGGAGCACUUCCUUUAAUGGUUCCUGACAUGGCAGGCUACCCUCACAUCCGUUACAUUUCAUCAGGAUUGGAUGGAACGUCAUUUAGAGGUCCUUUCAGGGGCAAUUUUGAGGAACUGAUUCAUUUGGAAGAAAGAUUAGGAAAUGUCAAUCGUGGAGCAUCCCAGGGAACAAUUGAAAGAUGUACAUAUCCACAUAAAUACAAAAAGGUAACAACUGAUUGGUUCUCACAGAGGAAACUGCACUGCAAACAAGAUGGGGAAGAAGGGACUGAGGAGGACACAGAGGAAAAAUGUACUAUCUGUUUGUCUAUUUUAGAGGAAGGUGAAGAUGUGAGACGCCUUCCCUGUAUGCACCUUUUCCACCAAGUGUGUGUUGACCAGUGGUUGAUUACCAAUAAGAAGUGCCCCAUAUGCAGAGUGGACAUUGAAGCCCAGCUGCCAAGUGAAAGUUGACACCAUGUUUCAGAACUCUUGCCCUCCCUCUCAUUCCCAUCCUCCCGGUACUGCAGUUCAACCAAAGAUGGCAUGACUUACCUGCGCAGAUUUGGAAGCCUUGAACUUAGAGUGCUGGCUCUGCUAUAUGGUACAACUAAUGCUAGACCUACAGUUUAUGUAUACAGUUGAUUUUGAUGUAUUUAUAAAAACUUUUUUUCUAGAUUUGACAUUUUUCCUGUAUCAUUUUACUGUAUUUUUGCAUGGUUCCUUGUAUUGCAUUUCUUUGCACAUAUUAUGGGCUUGUGACCCUAAACUUGCAGGCAAGAUUAGCUGCUUUAGUAAGUAGAAUUUUGUGGUCUUUUUGUUUUUUACAUAGUAUCAGGUCUUAAGAAUUAUGAAUUUUUUUGAUCCAUUACUAACCUUUAAUUUAAUCAAUCAUGUACUUUAGUUUGAUGUAUAAAGAUCCUCUAGAAAAUGAUAAUAUUGUGUAUUAAGACAUUCCUUAAUUAGGACAAAAUGGCUGCUGUAUAUUUACAAUAUGGAGUUCUGAGUUAAAUACCAUCCUUAAUACUGGGAACAGAAUACAAACCAUAUUCAAUCAGAUGCAGGUGGUAUUCACAUCACCAGUGAUCAAUAGAAAUUUUCUUGGUGUAUCCUUUUCCUUUCAACACAAUGCAGAGAGUUGAUAUUGAUAUUAUACAUUUAAACUGCUGUUCUGAUUAUAUUUAUCUUUUUCCUACUUCGUUUAAAACUUUAUUUCCCUGGUUCAGUUUUUGCUGCUGUGAAACAGCUCUGAUAAACACUAAAUAUUAAUUUCAAUUAGCUGGAUUGUACAUACUUGCAGAUUUAACAAAAUUUGGGGGAAAUUGAAGAAGACAUGUAGAAUUUGUUUAGUCUUCUGCUAAGCACGUGUAGUAAAGAUAUCUGCUUACACUGAUUUUGUACACACAUUCAGUCAGGAUUUAGAAUUGCAGUCAUUAGCAGUUAUCUAUGCAUUCAUACUAAAGGUCCCAGGAUCACUUUUAAGGGAUUUUUAUUAGUUUAAAGAUAAAUAAAGUUAGCUGAAUCUACAUGUCUCUUGUUUUAUUUCUCUUUAAACUUGAAAACAGUAAAUCUGCAGAUACUGUGAGGCACAAAUUAUACUGUCAACCUACUGUUGCUCUGAUUUUAGACUCCCACUUCAUACAUUAACCAAGAGUCGAUCACUGAUUUAAAAUUUUUAAUUUCAAUAGUUAAGAUUUACUGCAUAAUAUAGAAUAUAAAGUUAAGUUAACAUACUAACAUUUCUCCUUUGGAGAAAGUUUUAAUCCACUUCAAGAUGCAUAUUAUCAAGAUGCUUUCAUAUACAGGAUAGCCUAAUUUUAUUUGUUUAAAUAUGCUUAAUAUGUCCCAGAUUGCAAAUGCAUCAGUCAGUAACACCACUGUCUGUAUGUGGAAGACAUGUUCCCAUGGAUCAUAUGUGAAGAUGUCAAUAAGCUUGCAUUAAGCCACCUGCUUUGUAAGUGGAUUGAUUAAUAAAUAACUUAUAUUUCUAUUGUC